UCGCUGGGUCAGAUCGUCCGUGGACUCGAGACAAUGCGGAGGUGUAUAGACGUCCGUUAGCCAUGUUCCGUCGUGAUUGUGCUAGAAGCGCAUCGUUCGUUUUACGACAAUGGUGAGGUUUAAUAAUAUUGCGAGAUUCGUGACUUCGACACGCGUUGGACGAUGAGUCCAUUUGUUUUAAAUAGAAAUGUGUAUCGAAAUCGACAGGACGGGGCAAUCGUGUGAAUGUGGAGAGAUCGCGUGAAGGAAAAUACAACGGGGUGGAAGAGAGAGAAGUGGAGGAAAGAUUUUACACGCGUCGGAGUCUGUGACACCCGCCGUGCCCGAUGGAGCCGCAUACAUUCACCGUCCCCUUGGCUUUGUUGACAUUUAUCUUACCUGGAGUAAACGGCGGAGGAUUGUAUUUCACCAUCGAGCCGCAGGAUGUUGUAGUCGAGCAAGGAGGAUCCACCAGAUUGGAUUGCGAAGCAAAAAGCACUUUCGGUCAGCCUACGAUACAGUGGCGAACGGACGAUGGCACGCCGAUUAAUUUUAUCGGGGAAAACUAUCGAUCGCAGCUAGCAAAUGGAUCCUUGUACAUAAAUAGCGUAUACGCCGGUAGUUCAGAAUUAACUGGAAGCUAUCAAUGCUUAGCAUCCGUAGAUGAUGUUGGAGCUAUUGUUUCUCGAGCUGCAACGAUCAAGCUUGCAAGUUUGCCUGGUUUUGAAAAAGAACCCCAAGAUACUAUGGUAUAUCCAGGACAAAUAGCCUAUUUGAGUUGCACAUUACCGGCCUCAUCUAGCUUAUUAAAAAUACAAUGGCUUAAGGACGAACGGCCUAUAGUACUCGACGAUAAUCGUAUGACUAUUAUGCCGUCAGGUGCUUUGGAGAUAAAUGACGUUCAGAUUCAAGAUGUUGGAUCGUAUAGAUGUAAUGCAAGCGGUUACGGACAGUACCGGCUCAGUAAUAAAGCACAAUUAGGACUGUUAACUAGCGAUAUCGAUCAAGGAUCGUCUACACCGAUUUUUAUUGCACAACCUACGCAACAAGUAGCCGUAGAAGGUUCUACCAUAACUUUGGAAUGCGCUGCUAAUGGUUAUCCUAAACCUACAAUUUUUUGGCUCAAAGAUGGUGUGUCUAUAGACUUAGGAUCGUUUGACUCUAGGUAUCGUAAAAUAGCCGCUUCGACUCUAAUGAUCACCGAUCUUAGAGAAACGGAUCAUGGCUUGUAUCAAUGUCGAGCCGAAAACGAAGUUGAAACGUUAGAUUCUGUUGCCGAGGUCAUGGUGCAAGUUCCGCCAAAGUUUAUUAAAAAACCGGAAGACAAGGUUGCCAGUGAAAGUCAAGAUUUAGAAUUUGAAUGUGAAAUUUAUGGAAAACCAGAACCAAAAGUUACCUGGUUGAAAAACGGUGAACGCAUUACCGUUAAUGAAUAUUGGCAGAUAAUUAAUGGUAACAAUCUUAGAAUCAAUGGCCUUCUUGCUAUAGACGCUGGAAUAUUCCAGUGUAUAGGAAUAAAUCCUGCUGGUAGUGUCCAAGCAUCGGCACGACUUACCAUUAAUCAACCUAAAAAAACAACUCCUCAAAAAGCAACGACUCCAAAGUCCAUUCCCAAAAAAAAAUUACUCUAUCGUCCUUUGUAUAAUAAAACAUGGCAGCAUCCCAGUACGCUAUUAGGUCAUACAUUAUCAGCAUUUACACCAAAUCCUCCAUUAUCUAUCAGUCCUUCCGAUGAUCCAGCCGAUUUUCCAGGAUUAGUCAAAUAUCCUAGUUUCCUUUACGAUCCAGAUACCCAUUUUGUAGAUGAUACAGAAAGCAUGGAAUCGAUCGAAGGCAGCGUACCAUCAGCUCCUAGAAAUUUGAGCUUCAUAAUCGUUACUGCAAGAUUCGUUACGUUACGUUGGCAAGAACCCGAAAAUACCAACGGCGAUAUACUAAGUUAUUAUAUUUAUUACAAACAGGAAGGUGUACAAAGAGAACGUAGUAUCAACACUCAACAAAAAUUAGAGGCAAUGAUAUCAGGCUUACAACCUAGUAUGACUUAUCAGUUUCGAAUAGUUGCCCAAAAUUCGAGAGGAGUUGGUGCCUCGAGUGAAGUAUUACGAGUAACCACUCAGUCUGAGGCAAAUGUCCCAGGACCACCGAUAAAUUUAGAAGGCCACGCUAAUAGCGCUACAAUCAUUGUUUUAUCGUGGGACGAACCGCAAGUUAUUAAUGGACGUAUUUCUAAAUAUAUUAUCACAUAUACAGAGGGAGAUGUCGAGGAAAAAACACGUGAAACUACAAGUACAACGUACGAAUUGGUAGAUCUCGUGCCUUAUACAGAAUACAGUAUUAGAAUUCAAGCUGUCAAUGAAAAUGGUCCUGGUGCAUACACUAGAGAAAUUCUAGUACGAACACACAGUGCUCAACCUUCACAACCACCUCAUAAUGUUACAUUAGAGGCAGCUAGUUCAACUAGUAUUAUCGUAAGAUGGGAACCACCGUUGGAUGGUCAAAAUGGGAUUAUCACCGGUUAUAAAAUUCGUUAUCGCCGACAUGAUCGCCGUUUUUCACCAAAUUCAGUUACAACCGAAGGAAAUCAACGUUUGUAUGUGAUUACUGGCCUCGAAAAACAUGUCAUAUAUCAAGUUCGAAUAUGUGCCUUAAAUGUUAAUGGAACUGGACCUUGGACCGAAUGGAUGACUAUAGAAACAUAUGAGAAUGAUUUAGACGAGACUAAUGUACCGGGUGCUCCUAGUAACAUAAGAACAAAACCUAUGGCUGAUUCUAUAUCGAUUUGGUGGAACCCACCGAAAGAUCAGAGUAUUAAAGUUAGAGGAUAUAGAAUUGGUUGGGGUAAAGGAUAUCCCGAUGUUGAGGAUCAAAUUCUUGAUGGAAAACAACGAUUUUUUACUAUCGAAACUUUAGAACCAACAACGGAAUACGUUAUUUCUAUAAGAGCAACAAAUGAAGCUGGUGAAGGGCAGCCAGCAUAUGCAAACGUAAGAACUACAGAACGUUCUGUAUCCGAAUAUGUUGUGCCUUUAAUACCACCGGUUGGUCUUAAAGCAAUCGUUUUAUCAGCUGCUACUGUUGUACUCUAUUGGACUGAUACAACUUUACCAAAAAGUCAAUAUGUAACAGAUAAUCGUUUUUACGUCGUACGUUACACGUCUUAUCACCAUAGCAGCAAUCCCCGUUACAAGUAUUUUAACGCAACCGAUUUAAAUUGUAUGAUAAAUGAUUUAAAGCCUAAUACACAAUACGAAUUCACUGUUAAAGUUAUCAAGGGAAAAAGAGAAUCACCAUGGAGUAUGGUAGUAUUAAAUCAAACUCAAGAAGCUGCACCAGGUUCUCCACCGAGAGAUUUAAGCGUUCAUAGUGUUGAAGAUCGACCAACUUCAGUUAUUCUACGAUGGCAACCACCGAAACAACCAAAUGGCCCAAUCACCGGAUACCUCAUUUCUUAUUCUACGGAUUACAAUAAAUGGGAUCGUGAUUGGUUAUUCGAAGGUGUUAUUGGUGAUAAGACAGAAUCUAUAAUCAAAAUGUUACAACCAAGUACAACAUAUUACUUCAAGAUUAAGUCUCGUAAUUCCAAAGGAUAUGGACCAUUUUCGGCAACUGUUUCUUUUAAAACUCCACAAAGCAAUGGCAUUCAUAUCUAUGAUGAAUUGCAUGUUCGAGAUGGCCGUGGUCUAUCCAAUAUACUGAUCUACAUUAUAGUAGGUUGUUCAGUUGUUCUUAUUACUGGCAUAGCGGUCGUCGUUGUUGUAAUGUGCUGUAAACGAAAUCCGGAUUCACCGGAUCGGAAAAAAGGAUACAUGAAAGAUGUGAAUCCAAAAACCAAUAUUAAACCACCAGAUUUAUGGAUUCAUCAUGAUCAAAUGGAACUAAAAGCUCUUGAAAAAUCCUCUAUCAAUGGCGAGGCAUCUACCAGCGGUGUUACUAGUAAUACCUUGCCAAGAUCAGGAAAUCAAGAAUAUACUCAAGAUAAUGUGCACGGAAAUUCCAGUUCGUUGGACAAGCGCACAUAUGUACCCAGUUAUAUGGGUAACACUGACGAGAAGUGCUCUACCCUGAGCAGACAGCACAGUCGGGGAAGCCACAAACCUAAACUCAUAACACUUCCUGUCGACAGUGCACCCGUACAUCAGCCAACUGCAACGCCAAUCGUCAAUAGCAGUUUGUCACAACCAACAAUACACAGUACGUGUACGGAUGCUCCGUCUGUGAGACAAAAUUAUCCACGUACCGUGGCACAAUACAGUUUAAGUCGAGCGCACAUCACGUUAGAACCAACACCGGAAUCUAGUCCAGAUUCUUGUAACCUGCCAAGUUCAUACGAACCUCUACAAAGUCAAUUACCAUAUAGCCAAAGUGGACAGUCAUACAGUGGAAGUAGUCAGUAUGCUUCCAGUCACUAUGGUAGUGGUAGCCAACCUACUAGUAGUGCUACAGCGUUAGAUAGUAGUACUAGUAAAAGACUUCAAGGACAUCCUUUGAAAAGCUUUAGUGUACCAGCACCUCCUCCACAAUCUGCACCUUCUACCCCAGCACAGCAGAAACACGGAGUGUCGCAAGUAACGGUAAGACCAACGAUGUCUGGUAGUCCAUACAAAAAACCUCAAGGCUCUACGUCACAAUUAGCAAAGAACCGAUUAGCUUCGGUUUCGAAUCCAACACAUACUUCAGAAGAAGUAGAACGAUUGAAGCCUUCGUAUAGCACAGAAGAAUUGAAUCAAGAGAUGGCCAAUUUAGAGGGUCUAAUGAAAGAUCUAAACGCGAUAACAGCAUCUGAAUUUGAAUGCUAAAUAAUAGCAGGUUCCUAAAUUUUGUGUGCCAUCCAAAUUGGAUAAACAGUAUGUGACAACGCAUUAUCAAUGUUAGUACUCGAGAGGUCAAUUUACAAUGAUGAUUGCGUUACGUUGUGACUUUAUAUCGGAGGUUUCUCUUGUGUAUUUAAUUUAUUUUUAUUUUACUUUUUUUUUUUUUUUUUUUAAAUAAUUUCCUUAGUAUGCACAUACAUACAUGCAUACAUGUAUAAUUGACGAACGUCGAUGAACGACGUGAAUAACAGUUGCUUAAUUGGGCAAUUAAUAUGCUUAUCCCACACAAUGAUAAGUUAUAUAUAUGAAUUAUUAAAUAAUUAUUUUCCUAGUCGACAAUUUUUGUUGUCUCUCCUGUACUAGCAUUGUUUUAUUUUUUUUUUUUGUUUGUUCAUUUUUUCUCCCCUAUUUUUUUUUUUUUUUUUUGAGUGAAACUCGAAGUUCGUACUUGCCAAUGUAUUCCAACACUGUCGUGCAGUGCAUUUAUUAAGGACGUAAGCAUUUCAGUGUUGUGUGUUAUAAUAUUAAAGUGCCCACGUGAAAAUCUACGAACGAUUCAUUGAAUUCGAGGGAGGGGGGGUAGGGUAGGGGGGGGGUUGGUAACCUUUAGAGAAUUCUAUCUCGUGCUCAUGCGGAUAAGGACGUAGCAUAUAUAUAGUAAUAUAAAUAAUUAGAACCUUAUUACCGUGUAAGGGUUCUUAUUUGUUUAUAAGACAUAUGAAAGUUAAAGUACAAUAAUUCAAUUGAAUCGUAUGGUGGGAUAAAGAGAAACGAGAGGUAUAGGCGUUCAAAUUCAAAUUGAUCUAAAUAUUUAGAUUGAUUAUCUUUUUUGUAAUGUUUCAAUACAAACAAUGGUCUUACUUGAAAGUGAAAUGAAAUGAAAUGAAAAGAAAAAAAAAAGAAAAAGAUAAAAGAGAAAAGAAAGGAAAAACAUAAACGCUAUAAUUUAACAGACAUCAUUUUUGUCAUAAUUUGUUUGUUUGUUUGUAAUAAUUAUUAAAUAGCCGUAAACUCUCAUUCUUGCAACGACACGGUACGCAUAAAUGCGCGGAUCUUUCGGAUCGUAUAAAUUAAAUAAUUAACAAAGUGUUAAAUGAAAAUGAAAAUAUUUUUUCAUUUUGCUAUCCUACUGCCUGAUCCCGCUCGCAUUUGCUAAAAUUUACAUACCGUUUUUUACUCGAUCGUCGUAGUUACCACGCAUGUUUUUUGCGUGCUGCGGUAGAAAAUGCACAAAAAAAGAAAAAAAAAAGAAAUAAAGAAAGAAAGUUCGUAUUAUCUAAGCUCAGACUUUAAGAUUAUAAUUGAGCUGGCGAUUGUAAAAGUGUUCUAAGUUAUUAGAGAUAUUAAUAAAUAUUUUUUUUCUCUCUCCACGCGUCGUUCUUCAAAUUUUGGUGUAAUUAAGAAUAAAUAUACAUUUAUUAUGUUUAUUAUAUACUUUUUAAUGUUUGUCAUAAUAAACAAACAAUUAUGUAAUAAUUUACAAUGAAUCAUUUUGAUUAAAUAUGAAAGAUCUUAUGACUUACAAAACUUUCAUAAUCAUUCUGGCUCAAACAUUGUAUAAAUACUUGCGUAAUCUCUCCCAUUGAUAAUCAUUGAUUUAUGCAUUUUGUAAAAAUGGCAUACAUAUAGCAUACAUUUGAAACUCCUUAUUCAUGAUCUCAACAACUUCAUACUCGAUAUAAAUGGCAGCUCAUUAUAGAUUUUUACUUGCAUUUAACCGUUUUGAGUGUCACAUGGGCCUUUACGAAAAUCCGAUGGGAAAAAUGUUAAAUAAUUCGAUAACAUUUUGUUAUAUUAGAAGAAAAUAUGUACACCGAAAGUGCAAUUAUUUUCGAUUACACAGUCUGAUGCACUGGCAUUUUUAGACAUUGAAUAGAAGAAACGUGACCUUGUGGUGCAGCCUGAUGCUCAAACGGUUAAAAACAAAAAUGUUAUGUAUGUUCUUUUUCACGUCGCAUUCGUUAGAUAAUAGAAAAGAAGAAUUUAAUAUCGCGAUCUCAUUGGGGGAUAAGUUAUUUUAGAAUUAUAAUAUCCAUAGGCUAUAAGAGAACAUAAAUGAUUUUCACGAGAUCAAAUAUAUAUAUAAAUAUAUAUAUUGUCAAGUUUAUGUAUGAUGGUUUAAUCUCUUGUUUAAAUCAGAUGAUGUAAUUUCUCUUCUUCUAAUCAAUCAGUGAACAAAAAUUCAAUAAGUUUUCUUUCUUUUUUCAAUUUUCUUUUUUAUGGGAUGACCUCAUCCUAAAGUAUUAACACAACAGAAUUGUUAUUGAAAAUAAUAUAAGAAUUCGAUGUACUUUGUUCCAGAGAUUUAUUGAUAAUAUAAAAACGAGAGAUGAUACGCGCGCUAAUUGAUAGUCAAAAUUCUUUUUAUCUUUUUUUUUCUUCCUUUUUUUUUUUGUCACAUCCUAUUUUUCAUUUUUAUUUUCUAUUACGUAUUUUCUCAUAUCCAUAAUAAGGCUCUCAUAUAAUAUUUAUCAAAUUUUAAUCUAUGUCGAGAGAAUCGUUGAGAUACAUUUUUCAAUAUAAAAUAAAAAAUAGAUCUUCAGAGAUUUAUUCAUACAUAUUCUUUAAGAUACAUAAGGAUAUUGAUCAUCAUUAAUCAUCCCCCUUCACUUCCAAUGACUAAGGAUUUGCUUGAUAAGAAACAUUUGCGUAAAAUAAUGUCGAGUCUACAAUUUUUGAAAGGAAGCAAAAAAGAAGAAAUUUUAGAGAGUGCAGGGUAGUAAAAUAAUAAUAAUAACAAUAACAAUAAUAAUAAUAAUAAUAAUCAAUAAUAUUAAUAAUAAUAAUAAUAAUAAUAAUGAUAAUAAAUAAUAACGAACUCAUAAUGCAGCGAAAUAAAGACGCUUUUAGGAAUUUCGAAUUUAUCUACGUCCAACUUUUGUAUGCACUUUUGUAUUUUCUUAAAUACACACGAGAGAAGAGAAAAAUAUUGUACAAAAAAAAAAUGAAAGAAAGAAAGAAAGAAAAUAGAACAAAAAGAAAUGAAAGAAAGGAAGAAAUGAUGGCGCUUACGAAAAUAUUCCCGAUAUAGGAUAACGAAAAGAAAGAUAUGAGACAGAAAAAUGAAGAAGUUUCAAUAAACACAAAAUAUUUAAUCCCUUGAAAGUUAUACGCAGCUAAAAGGAGACAACUCUUUUAAGAGACUUGUAAUUUAACUUAUCGUAUAUACGUGCGAUCGUAAAGAAAAAGAAAAAAAAAAACAAAACAAUGACAAUUUUGCCGCCUAAUUGUAAGUACAUAAGCAUCAAUAUUACUUAAUUAAAAGGAAGUAUUUACUGUCA